GCUGGGUUCAGUGUGCAGGGUAACGUUAGGCUCAAUUGGUGCGGAGUCAUGAAAGUGUUUGUAAACAACUCAGACAGAGGGCACAUCAAACUGGAGUCGGACCAAUUCCCACACAUAUCCCUAAGUGUCUGCCCAUCUUCCGAGGUCUCCCUGAUCUUGGGAUAUGAAGGAUGUUUGAGUUCACCUUUUCUUGACUGCUUUAAAUCGACGGGAUGACAGAGUAAUACAGCCAGCCGUAAAUCCAUAGUCAUUUGCUUAACUAGCAGUCAAGAGCUUCAGGAUCCCCUCAGCUAUCUGGGUGCAUCGGUUCAGUCAAGAUGCCCUGGCCGUUUUCGGAGUCCAUCAAGAAACGGGCGUGCCGAUACCUCCUGCAUCGGUACCUGGGCAACUUCCUGCAGGAGAAGCUGAGCCUGGAUCAGCUCAGCCUGGACCUAUACCAGGGCACUGGAUCACUUGCACAAGUACCACUGGACAAAUGGUCACUGAACGAGCUCCUGGAGACAGCGGAUGCCCCAUUCGAGGUCAUCGAGGGCUUUAUCCAGACAAUUUCUUUAACUGUGCCAUGGGCAGCGCUGCUACAAGAAAACUGUGCCCUAGAGAUCAAGGGUUUGGAGAUGGUGUUCAGACCCAGACCACGAGUGGCAUCUGGCAUGGAGCCCAUGUACUGGUCCAGCUUCAUGACGAGCAGCAUGCAGCUUGCCAAAGAAUGUCUGAGCCAGAGACUCACCGAUGACAUGGGAGAGAGUUUCCAGCCAUUUGAGGGCCUAGAAAAGUUUGCAGAAACCAUAGAAACAGUUCUUAGAAGAGUCAGAGUGACGUUUUUGGACACUGUUCUCAGAAUUGAGCACAUUCCAGAAAACUCUAAGACUGGAAUUGCUCUUGAGGUUCGAAUCAGCAAGAUUGUUUACUGUGAUGAAACGGGUGAGGAGAGUUCAAGUGUGAAUGUGCAUCAGCCAACCACAUUUGCACACAAAAACUUGCUGAUGGAAGGAGUCACCAUUUUCUGGGAUGAGUUUUCAGAAGCGUCCCGAGCUGGUUUGAAAUCUUCACCCACUCCAGCGGAGACUGAAGCCAAGCUUUCUCCAAGCUGGAAUCCCAAAAUAAUAUGUGAGCCUCAUCCCCAGUUCACAGAGCCAGUUUCCUCUACUACGCCAUUUGAGCCUAUGCAGGUGGGCAGCCUCAGUGGAAAAAUUGAGCUGUCCCUCACUUUGAAACACAAUUUAGCCAUGCCUGGAGCAAAGCUGGAUGUUGACGGACAGAUUGAUGCUGUAAUCAUUCUGCUGUCUCCACGGCAAGUUCAUCUUCUUCUGGACUUGUUUGGUGCUUUCUCCGGAGCAGGAGCACAGGAAUGGGCCAAGGACAGAAAGAAUCGACCCAUACAGCAAGAAGAUGAAUAUCGGUUGCAUAUGGAACUGAACCGCUGUCUGAAGAAGGAUAGCACAAUGCCCGGAGCAGAUCCUGACCUCUUUGAGAGCCAGACUACCAGAACGGUGUCUAGUCGAGAUGUGUUCUUCUCGAUGGCUGACAUGGACAUGUCUCACAGCCUGUCAUCCCUUCCUCCCCUGGGUGAACCACCCACUGUUGACCUGGACCUGUCACUCAACAGCAACUACUCUGCCUCCCCAGGAGAAUCUCCCUCUGGAAAUGCAACUGCUCUCUGGGAUGAUUAUCUGGAUGUGCCACGACAAAGAGAGAAACAAGCUAAUGAAACUCCCCUCCAGGCACGAGAUUCACAGCUCCCUCCAAAAUUACUGAGACAGACCUCUCAUCAAUCCAAAACUCAUGGUGAUGAGUCGAGGCCAGAGCUGGUGUUUAAGCUGGCACUCGGCAGCUUGGCCGUCUCAGUCCUCCACAUCGAUCCCCUGCCGCCACCAGAUGCUGCCCCCGGACCCCUUGCCCCCAUGGCCACAGACUUCUUCAGAAAGGUGGGCCCGGGCCAGCUUCUACCAGCUGCGUUUCUUCAGUCUCGGACCGUGUUUGAUCAGGCUUGCCCCCAUGACCACCUCAGGUUUGUGGGCCAGGGACUGAAGAUAAUCUAUGAGCACUGUCAGGGCUCCAGCCUGCGGACUUUCAGCACUGAUGUCUCCCUGGGCCAGAUGGAACUGCUGGAGUGCCUCUUCCCCUCUGAAACCCUCAUUGGUGGCCCCCAAAGAGGGGUUCAGUACACAGAGCUCCUGACAUUUGACACCAAAGCCAGUGUCGAGGCACCAUCGACCACCUGCCUUCACCUGCUUUAUAAACAGGCUGAGCGCAGAGGCCCUCAGGGUGGCCAGGUGCGUCUCAGCACUAUUCCCAGGAAGGCUGACAUCCAGGUCGAGCUGGGCCCAGUGCGCUCCGAACUGGACAUCAGCAUCGUAGACCGCCUCAACUCACUACUACAGCCUCAGAAGCUAGCCACUACAGAGAUGAUGGCCUCUCACAUGUACACAUCCUAUAACAAGCAUGUCAGCUUGCACAAGGCCUUUACGGAGGUCUUCCUUGACGACAGCCGCACCCCAACCAGCUGUCAUGUAACACUGACUGUCAAUGCCCCAGUGAUGUGCCUGGCAAUCCGCUUCCCCAUUCCUGACCUACGCUCAGAUCAGGAGAGGGGUCCUUGGUUCAAGAAAUCCCUGCAGAGGGAAAUACUCUACCUGGAGCUGGAGGACCUGGAAGUGAAGACCGAGUUCAUGGGUGGCAGUUCUCCUGACCAAACCAAGAUGGAACUCACUUUCAGGGAACUUGUUGGGAGGUUCCAGGAGGAGCAGGAUCAACCAGCUGCCCGGUUCCUCAGGGUGUCGCACACCAUGGACGGAGACAUGACAACGUCUGAAAGUGUGAAGUUUGACUGGCCAAGAAUUGUGUUGAAGAUGAACCCCACCGCCGUCCACUCCAUCCUUGAGCGUGUGACAGCUGAGGAUGAUGAGGGGGCUGAGGACCAUUCACCUGAGGAGGAAGAGGAGGAAGGGGCUGCCCACUCACUGAAGGAUGUCUGUGACUUUGGGAAACCUGAGCCAUCACCUUUUUCCUCACGCAGGGUUAUGUAUGAGAAUGAAGAGAUGGUCAUUCCUGGCGAUGUUGCUGAGAUGACUGAGUUUCAGGAGAAAACCAUGAACAAUUCCCGUUUCAUACUUGAACUAUGUUUCCCCAACGUGCAGUUAGCACUUCCCAGCAAGGCGUUCUACGAAAAACUACACAACAGAAUAAACAAUGACCUGCUACUGUGGGAGCCCACAGCUCCCUCACCAGUAGAGACGGUGGAAAACAUGCCAUAUGGUGUUGGACUCUCUGUCGCCAGUCAGCUGAUCAACACCUACUCCAAGGACAGCUUCAGCCAGUUCCGCUCCACCGGUCCUGAGGAGGAGACCAGUGGCUCAGAGGAAGAGACAGCACAAUAUUACUCUCCGGCCUCUGACCUGGGCCUCAGGUCUCGCAAGAAGAAAAAGCCCAAGACCCAGAGCAAGACGUCCCAGAGCCUGUUCUCUGUCGUCCUCAGUGUCAACCAUGGCCUGGUGGCUCUACAUACUAAUGCAAAGAGGGAAGAUAAGACCAUCCUGAAAAACAGACAUGGCGAGUUCUGGCUGGAGGUAAAGAAUGCAGUGCUGUUUAGUGUGACGCAGUAUGAAGGCUACAAAGACCAGCACUACAUCUGCUUCCACACCAGUAAUAUCUGCAUGUAUCACCAAGGACUAGUGGACGGGGACACAUCUGUGUCAGACAUAAAGUUGCCAUGCAGCACGCACCCCCAUUGGCUGGAGCCCACCAUCUAUCAAUCAGAGACAUCACCUGACAGAUCGUCGACACCCUCAGAGGGCAUCGGCCUGGAGGCCCAUAGCAUGCUGUCUGUUGCUGUCAAAAUCUCAUCACAGAACGCAGAGCGUAAUGUCAAGGAGUUUCUGGUUGCUGUUGGAGUCAGAGGUGCCACUCUCCAACACAGAGUCGUCCCUCCCAGCCUCGGCUGGUAUGACCAGAUUGUCGAUUUUCUGAAUGUUUCCGAUGAGCCUGUGUUAGGUUACACCCCUCCUACUUCUGUUACCACCCUACAUCUACACCUGUGGAGCUGCUGUUUAGACUACAGACCCCUUUACCUGCCACUCAGAUCACUGUUGAUUGUAGAGACAUUCAGUGUCUCCAGCAGCGUCUCUCUAGACCAUUCCUCCUCCACACUUAGGAUAAUUUUGGACGAAGCUGCCUUGUUCCUGUCGGACAGGAGUAAUGCUGUCUCUGUCAAUCUAAUGCGCGACUAUGUGCAAGUGGUAGACAUGGGAACACUGGAACUGAGGAUUACAGCUGUCAAACCUGGAGUGGAUGGACAGUUGUUGGAGCCCAGGUUCGAGCUGCGGUGCUCCAGUGACGUCAUUCACAUCAGAACAUGCUCUGAUUCCUGUGCUGCCCUCAUGAACCUUAUCCAAUAUGUGGCUAGUUAUGGAGACUUGCUACCCCCGACAGAACCAGAGACUAGGAGCAGCAGCACCACACAGAAACCCAAGGCGGAGUUUCCUAGCCGGCCUACAUCUCAGACCCCACUGCUUCCGGAGACUGAGCAGCAGAUGUUGCAGGACUUGAUGAGCGAGGCUAUGGAGGAGACUGAUGGGCAGCAAGCUGCUGGACCACAACAGAAUGGCUUACAUGAGGAGCGGAACUGUGACCACGACCCUCCUCGCUCAGACCUGUUCCUGUUCCCAGAUGAAAGUGGGAAUUCAACCCAAGAAUCAAGCCCCACCUAUCCCAUGCUUCACUCUCCUCUCAUCACCCCUGUUCCCAGCCUGGCCCAAGAGACAGAUGACUUCUGUAUCCUAGAGACGCCAGGCUCCAGAGGAGAGGAUCGUGAUCAAGAGCCAGUAGUGAAGCAGCUAACGUCAAACCCCAUAGAAAUCAAAGAUAAUCACUUCGGUCAGCCUCUAGAUGGGAGUGAUUCCAGCCGUGGAGCCAUGAAUUUCCCCGUUCCAGAAGUGCGCUACCUCAUUAGGGAGAUUUCUGUUGUGUGGCACCUCUAUGGCGGGAAAGACUUUGGGAAUGCUGCUUUCACGGCAUCUCCCGUGAGAAGCAGAGGUUCUACCCCUCACAGCUCCCCCUCCCAAACCCCAGUGAGGCAGAGCAGGACCUUGGGACGUGCAGGAGGUGGAAGAGGAAGGAACCCUGAUGUCCUGAUGGAGAUACAGCUCAGCAAAGUGAGGUUUCAGCACGAGGUGUACCCGCAGGCCCAGGUGGCUUCUGGUACAGCUGUGGACCAGCCAGUAUCCCGGCAGGUGUUCAUUGUGCAGGACUUGGAGAUUCGAGAUAGGCUGGCCACCUCACAAAUGAACAAGUUUCUCUACUUAUACUCCAGCAAGGAAAUGCCCCGCAAAGCCCACUCGAAUAUGUUGACAGUUAAAGCACUGCACAUGUGUCCAGAGGCAGGCCAGGCUCCACAGGAGUGCUGUUUGCGUGUUUCCCUGAUGCCUCUUCGCCUCAACAUCGACCAGGAUGCACUUUUCUUCUUGAAGGACUUCUUCACUAGUCUUGCUGCUGAAGUUGAGUUGUUCUCUCCGCCUGAUCAGGAAGCUAUCUGUGUUUCCAUGAGGAAACCAGCCGCCCCAGAGAUCUCCUGUAGCUUUUCCAAGCAUGCUGGCGGCAGCCAAGACCCGGCCCCAAUUAUCUCAGUGCCUGCUCAGAGGCAAUUCAGCCACAACGGUCUCUCCACAUCGGACAGGAGUGAAUCCAGUGAAAAUGAAGCUGCUGCUCCUUCCUUCACAGAUCAGCCCAUCUUCUUUAGGGAGUUUCGAUUUACCUCUGAAGUUCCUAUCCGCUUGGAUUACCACGGGAAACAUGUUGCAAUGGAGCAGGGAACGUUUGCAGGGAUCAUUAUUGGACUGACCCAGCUGAAUUGUUCAGAGCUGAAACUAAGACGGUUGUGCUACAGGCAAGGAUUGUUAGGUGUGGAUAAACUCUUCUCCUAUGCAAUAACUGAGUGGCUAAAUGACAUAAAGAAAAACCAGCUUCCAGGACUGUUGGGUGGAGUGGGGCCUAUUCAUUCUCUGAUACAGCUGGUCCAAGGGUUCAGGGACUUGGUCUGGCUCCCAAUAGAGCAGUACCGAAAGGACGGUCGGAUUGUCCGUGGGUUUCAGCGCGGCACUGCCUCCUUUGGGACCUCUACUGCUAUGGCUGCUCUGGAGCUCACCAACCGCAUGGUCCGGACAAUCCAGGCAGCAGCUGAGACAGCCUAUGACAUGGUGUCUCCGGUGCCUGAUGAGAGAGACACCAAGAGGAUUAAACGGUUUUCUCAUUACGGAUUGGCUCACCAGCCUGUUGACCUGAGAGAAGGCGUAGCUAAAGCCUACACAGUGGUGAAAGAGGGAAUCACAGACACUGCACUGACUAUCUAUGACACCGCCACCCGGGAGCACGAGCAGCGAGGAAUGACCGGCGCUGUGGGCGGGGUUCUUCGACAGCUGCCGCCAGCAGUGGUAAAGCCGCUCAUCAUGGCCACUGAGGCCACCUCCAAUGUGCUGGGUGGGAUGAGGAACCAGAUCCACCCUGAUGCUCGCCAGGAGGAGUCUCAGAAAUGGAGGCAAGGGGAGGAGUAACUCCAUACUGCCAUCCAGUAACUGAAACAGUGACUGUGCACAAUUCAGCUGCCAAUGAAAUUAGACUUGAUCGACGUAGAUUGCUCAGCACUUUCUGAUGCAGAGUCUUGGAAACUGAAUGAAUAUGUUUCUUCAGAUUAUUUUUGAUGUAAAACUACGCAGAAGUAGAUAGUCAGCCCCAGUGUAAAUAAAAACAAAAUUCAUCUCAUAGGAUUUGUGGCAAUCUAAGCUAAUGUGAUUCGGCGUGUGUCCGCUUGCCAGUUCCCACAUUUCCCUCACAGUGCCUUUAUGGUUAUCAGCAUUUUCCAACACUGCAUUUAAUCAAAGGGACGUAAUGAAGUAUGAGGAAUUAAUGCUGAUCAGGGCCACAUAUCGUCUUUAUGUGGAUUAAUUUCUGUUGUAGGAUAGAACUGGCAUUUUAAACAUUAAAGCAUAAUAAUAAGGAAAGAACAGGCUGUUGCCUCAUGAGACACAUAAUUGCUUCGUUUUUGAAAUAGCUAUGUUUACAAAAUGUCUGGUCAGUCAUUCAACAUUCUCUUAUCCUACUGGAUGUCAGCAAACACUAAUAUCUUAGGCGUAAUGGCUAAAUUUUUAGAUAUUAAAGAAAAAUCAUAUUUGUGGGCCUUGUUACUUACUGUAAAUAUUCCUAAUGUGUAACAUUUCAUGCAAAUGUGAGACAAUAAGUAUAGAGUCUGAAUGUGGUACAUUUUUGUCUUUCUAUAAUCAGCACUUUUAAGUGACUUGAAAGGUUACUUGCCCACAUGAACGGUAGACGGGGAAAAGAAGUUUCAUUAUCUUAUUGUGGGCUUUAAUGAGAGUUGCAAGCUAAAGUGUAAUUUUCAGGCUCAAGUAUAAUUUUCAUUAAAGCUGCUAUUUUGAAAGCUGCUUUUUUUAAUUUAAAGGUGAGUUCCACAUUUUUAUUCUCUUUUUCCUGUUUGUCUGCUACUCACACUUAGAAACUGUUGACCCAAACUCCUACACGAAACUGCAUCUGCUUAAGACAUUUAACCAAAGUCUUAAUAUUAUUUUCAUUGAAGUUUUUUUUUUUUUUUUUUUUUUUUUUUUAGUGUAUGUUUGAAUAUUGAUAUUUGGUGUGAUAUACUGUGGUCCACAGUCUUUCAAUUUGCUCAUUCUCUUGUUUAUGUGGAAAUUAAGAGUAUUGUUUCUUGUACAUAAGUGUACAGAUAAUUUUCCGAAUUUGUAUCAAAGCAUGAACUGUUAUUAAAAGGGAAAUAAAAAGUGUUAAGUCCACCUCA